AUGCUUGGCGUACUGUCCAUCCUAUUGUACACCUGUACAACAAUAUUGGGAUCAUGGGACGGAGUGGAAUCGAUAGGAGACAAACCUCUAAUUUUAACUCCGUUCAUUGAAAAUGGUGAGGCAAGCAAAGCGAGGGAGCAAUCCGAAGUGGAUCCAUCCCUGUUCGCAGGCGUUAAGAGCUACGCAGGCUACUUUACUGUGAAUAAAAGAGCACAAUGGAACCUGUAUUCAUGGUUCUUUCCUGCCCCAGAUCGUCCUUUAAACAGUACAUCACUGAUAAUCUGGUUACAAGGAGGUCCUGGUUAUUCUUCCUUAUAUUCAUUGUUCGAAGAAAUUGGCCCAUUACAGUACGAAUUUUAUAAUAAAGUGGUUAAGUCGAAUAUUACAUGGGGAUCAGAUUACUCGCUUCUCUUCAUUGAUAAUCCAGUAGGGGUUGGAUUUAGCUACAGUGAGAGUGGAGAAUACGCAACUAGUAUUGAUGAGGUUGGUCAAUGUCUUCUAAAUCUGCUCCUUCAGUUCCUAGAAGUAUUUCCAGAAUUGAAGACUGCACCGUUGUUUAUCGCUGGAAAGUCGUAUGGCGGAAAGUACGUUACGUCUUUCGGACGCUACAUACACAGAAAUAAUCUGGACCCGGAAAAAAAGAAAAUAAAUUUAAAGGGUCUGGCGAUCGGUAACGGUUGGAUAGAUCCACCAACACUGCUGCACCAUUCCGAGUUGGGAUUACAAUUAGGACUCAUAGACAAAACUCAAGCGGACAUGAUCCAUUAUAUGGAAAAACUGGCUAGAAUGUAUUGGGCUAAUGGCAAAUUUGAGUUUUAUGAGAAGGCAGCGCAAGCAGGAAUGGAUAUGUUGCAUGCUUUUGCACCGAUUAAUCUUAAAAACAUAUUGGUAGCCCUACCACAAGAGUCGGAAUUCGUUAAAGAUUACGAGGCUUAUUUAAAUAGACGUGGCGUACAACGGGCUAUGCACGUUAAAAGAAUGGAUUAUUCAUAUUUCAACCCUGUUGUUGAAAGGGAAUUAAAAAAAGAAAGGUAUCAUACUUCCAAACCAUGGCUGGAGGUGUUACUGGAUUAUUAUGGAGUUAUGUGUUACAAUGGACAACUAGAUGUUCUGAUUGGAUACGCUCCAUCAAAGAACACAUACAGGAGUUUGAAUUGGACAGGGACGCAGGCAUAUAGAGACGCUAAGAGAGUACUUCUUCUCGAUCCAGAUAGUGGCGAUAUUAAUUCGUUUAUGAAAGAAGGCGGCAAUUUCAUGGACGUACUGGUCCGUGGUGCAGGACACAUGGUGCCCAAAGACAAGCCACGCGCCGCCAAGCAAAUUAUUGAUAUUUUCAUCAACAAGUUCAAAUAAAAAUAUUUCU